AUGACAGUAUCAACAACUAUCAAUAAUAGGAAACGAUUAUCAAGUGGAUUAAGUGUCACAUCAAAAGUAUUUGUACGUUCAAGAAAUGGUGGAGCUUUAAAAAUUGUUCGUGAACAUUAUUUAAGAAAUGAUAUUCCAUGUUAUUCCACCAUUUGUAAUUCAUGUCAAGAUAUAAUUAAACCUGAUUCUCAAGGCCAAUUACCAAAAUUCAUUUUAUCUCUGAAUCCAACAAAGACAACCAAAGGUGAACCACAUUAUUUAGUAUUAGAUACUAAUAUUAUUUUACAUGCCAUUGAUUUAUUAGAAAAUAAUCAAUGUUUUUAUGAUGUAAUAAUUCCUCAAACAGUUUUAGAAGAAGUGAAAAAUCGUUCAUUCCCAAUUUAUCAAAGAUUAAGAAAUUUAGUUAAAUCUGAAGAUAAACGAUUCAUUGUAUUUCAUAAUGAAUAUAAUGAACAAACUUAUAUUAAUAGAAAUAAAAAUGAAACUAUUAAUGAUAGAAAUGAUCGAGCCAUUAGAAAAGUGGCUCAAUGGUAUCAAACACAUUUACCUAAAUUUAAAACGUUUUUCAUUUGUAAUGAUAAAGAUAAUAGAACUAAAGCAAUUAAAGAAGGUAUUAAUGCCAAAACAUUAGUUGAAUAUAUUGAAAGUUUACCAAAUGCUGAUGAUUUAACUGAUUUAAUACCUCAAGAUGAUUCUACAUUUGAGGAUAAUAAGACUAGUACUGCUACCGUGGAAGAUGAAACUUCAUUCCCGGAAUAUUAUUCAAAUGCAAGAAUAAUGGCUGGUAUUAAAAAUGGUACUUUAUAUCAAGGUAUUUUGAAUGUCUCAUCAUAUAAUUAUUUACAAGGUGAAGUUCUGGUUCCAGCAUUUAAAAAACCUUUAUUAAUUCAAGGGUCAAAGAAUUUAAAUCGUGCAUUUAAUUCCGAUUCAGUUAUUGUCGAAUUAUUACCAAAAGAUAAAUGGAAAGAACCAUCAACUACCAUUAUUGAGGAAGGGGCUAUUGGUGCCAAUGAUAAUGCAGCAGAUGGUGAUGAAGAUGAUGUCGAUAUUGAAGAAACUGCCAGCUCCAAGAAGAGUGUGAUUUCUGAUAAAGAACGUAUAUUAUUAGCUCAAGAAGCUAUAAAAGUCAUUGGGUCUAAAAAUGAAGAUAAAAGAUUACAACCAACUGCAAAAAUUGUUGGUGUAAUGAGAAGAUCAUGGAGAUAUUAUGUUGGACAAAUAGCUCCCUCAUCAGUUAAUCUUGAUGAUAAGACUGGUCAUGCAGCAAAGAAUUGUUUUGUUAUUUUGAUGGAUCCUAAAUUACCUAAAAUUAGAAUUAGAACUAGAAAAGCUAGAGAAUAUUUAGGACAAAGAAUUGUUGUUGUGGUUGAUUCUUGGCCUGUUAAUUCAAGAUAUCCUAAUGGACAUUUUGUUAGAGCUUUGGGUGAAAUUGAAAGUGCUGAAGCGGAAACUGAAGCAUUGUUAUUGGAACAUGAUGUUGAAUAUAGACCAUUUUCUAAAAAUGUUUUGGAUUGUUUACCACAGGAAGGUGAUAAUUGGGUAGUUCCAGAUAUCACCAAUACUGAAGAUCCACAAUUACAAAAAAGAGUUGAUUUAAGAGAUAAAUUAGUUUGUUCAAUUGAUCCACCGAAUUGUGUAGAUAUUGAUGAUGCUUUACAUGCUAAACAAUUACCUAAUGGGAAUUAUGAAGUUGGAGUUCAUAUUGCUGAUGUUACUCAUUUUGUUAAACCAAAUACUCCAUUAGAUCAAGAAGGUGCCUCAAGGGGAACUUCGGUAUAUUUGGUUGAUAAAAGAAUUGAUAUGUUACCUCAGCUUUUAGGUACAAAUUUAUGUUCAUUAAAACCAUUUGUUGAUAGAUUUGCCUUUAGUGUUAUUUGGGAAGUUGAUGAAGAUGCCAAUAUUAUUAAUGUCAAUUAUAUGAAAUCGAUUAUUAAAUCAAGACAAGCAUUUUCUUAUGAACAAGCUCAAUUACGUAUUGAUGAUCCAUCACAACAAGAUGAUUUAACUAAAUCAAUGAGAAUUUUAUUAAAAUUAUCGAAAAAAUUAAAACAAAAAAGAUUAGAUGCUGGUGCUUUAAAUUUAGCAUCUCCUGAAGUUAAAGUUCAUAUGGAUAGUGAAACUUCUGAUCCCCAAGAAGUUGAAAUUAAAAAAUUAUUAGAAACAAAUUCUUUAGUUGAAGAAUUUAUGUUGUUUGCUAAUAUAUCGGUUGCAAGAAAAAUUUAUGAUGCUUAUCCACAAACGGCUAUGCUUAGACGACAUGCAGCACCACCAGCAACUAAUUUUGAAACUUUAAAUGAUAUGUUAAAUGUUCGUAAAGAUGGUAUGUCAAUUUCAUUAGAAUCAUCUAAGGCAUUGGCUGAUUCAUUGGAUAGAUGUAUUGAUCCUAAUGAUAAAUAUUUUAAUACUUUGGUUCGUAUCAUGUCUACUCGUUGUAUGAUGGCGGCAGAAUAUUUCCCUAGUGGAUCUUACGGAUACCCAGAAUUUAGACAUUAUGGUUUAGCAGUUGAUAUUUAUACCCAUUUCACUUCCCCAAUUAGAAGAUAUUGUGAUGUUGUUGCUCAUAGACAAUUGGCAGGUGCCAUUGGUUAUGAGAAUUUAGAUUUGAGUCAUCGUGACAAAUCUAAAAUGGAAAUGAUUGUUAGAAAUAUCAAUAAACGUCAUAGAAAUGCUCAAUUUGCUGGAAGAUCAAGUAUAGAAUAUUAUGUUGGUCAAGUUAUGAGAAAUAAUGAAGCUGAACAUGAAGGUUAUAUUAUCAAGAUUUUUAAUAAUGGUAUUGUGGUAUUAGUGCCGAAAUUUGGGGUUGAAGGAUUAAUUAAACUUGAGAAUAUGGGUGAUGUUAAUUCAGCAAAUUAUAAUGAAGAUAAAUAUGAAUUGACGUUUACUGAUUUUAAAGGUAAUUCAAGAACAAUAGCUGUUUUUGAUAAAGUUAAGGUUGAUGUGAAGUCGGUGAAAGAUGAAAUUAGUGGUAAAAGAAAAGCUCAACUUAUGUUAAAAUGA